ACACAAAAAGAAAUAAAAAGAAAAAGAAAAAAUAAGUAACUCCUCUAUAUAAGGCACUAGAGGCCCUCUUUCCCCACCUUUGCUAGUGAUCAUUUUUCCAUCUGAGAAAAAGGCUUUUUCCAAAAAGGAGUGCCCCCCUACCAUCUUCAAAUGGCCCAGAAGGUGGUGCUAAAAAUUCUGGCGAUGAACGAUGAGAAGACGAAGCAAAAGGCCAUAGAAGCAGUCGCCGAAAUCUACGGGAUUGAUUCAAUAGCUGCUGACCUUAAGGAGCAAAAGAUGACCAUAAUAGGUGAAAUGGACACAGUGGCAAUAGCAAAGAAGUUGAAGAAAAUUGGAAAAAUUGAUAUAAUAUCCGUCGGACCGGCGAAAGAAGAAAAGAAAGAGGAAAAGAAGGAAGAAAAGAAAGAGGAGAAGAAAUGAUACAGCAUUACACAAUCACUACAAUGGGCACAAUGAAGGCUUUUUCCCCCCUCUUUUUCUCAAAUAAUCUGAGGGUUGUUACCUUACCUAUGUAAAGCCACUAUGAAUAGUUUUACGCAUCCGCCAACUUGAGGUUACCUAUGUAAAGCCACUAUGAGUAGUUUUACGCAUCCGCCAACUUAAGGUGGCAAGAAAAUGCUGCAUGCCUCUGAUUCCACAAUCAAAUUUACACAAACUAUCAGAAGCAAAGAAUGGAGUGCAUUAGCUUUACACCGACAAUUAUACAGAAUUGCUGUUUGAGUAGAGCUGUUUCAAAAAGUGCUUCGCAUCUUUUCACUUCUAAAUUCCUCAACAACUUGGUACAACAGAAGAGAGAGAUGCAAAUUGGUGCUUCGUUUGAACUCAGAA